UACACUCCAGCUUUCAAUAUGGCGACACAGUACAUGUACAAGCUACUAGUAUAUGUAUCAAUGUAUUGUACGCUAGUUGAUCAAGCUGAAAGUAUCAAACCUAUCAUUUUCAUGCAUGGAAUCAUAGCUGCACCUGAUGAAGCUGACCCGCUGAGGGGGUUUGUCGAGGAGGCAUUCCCCGGAACCAAUGUAACUGCGAUAGAUGCCUUCAACCAUUUACAAAGCGUGGUGCCAAUGUGGACACAGAUCAACACCAUUAAGGAAAUGGUCAGGGAAAGCUUGGUAAAUAGCCCAGAGGGGAUCAACCUCAUCUGUUUCUCGCAAGGCGGAUUGAUAUGCAGGGGACUGCUUUCUGUACUGCCUCACAACGUAAACAACUUCAUCUCCGUCAGCUCACCACAGGCAGGGCAGUUUGGAGACUCGAUGUAUUUGAAGUACUUUUUUCCGAACUACCUCAAAGAAAACGUGUAUAGGUUUUUCUACACGGAAGGGGGACAGCAGUGGUCGAUAGCCAACUACUGGCACGAUCCCCACCAGGAGGCGCUUUACACGCAGUAUAACAAGUUUUUAGCAGCCUUAGACAACGACACUGCCACGCCUAAUGCAACCCUUUAUAAAAGCAAUUUUCUGCGAUUGAAGAAAAUGAUAAUGAUAGGCGGGCCUGACGACGGUGUGAUCACUCCCUGGCAGUCAAGCCAAUUUGGAUUUUAUGAUGCCAAUGACACAGUAGUACCAAUGAAAGGACAGAAG